AUGAAGAUCACGAACCGUCCCGACGAGUGGAGGAUUGAGCAGGGGCUGUCGGCGGCUGUGCUCCCGGUGCUGGACAUGACCCAGCCCAAGACCAGAGCUCUUCCUGUUCAGACUUUUGGCCCACUUGCCAAGGAUGAAAAGGCCAUCAGAGAGGUGGGAGACCCGAACGAGUUGUUCGUCAGGGAGCGAGAGGGUUGGACCGGCUUCGUCGAGUGGGAGAAGUAUCCGGAGAAAAAAGCCGCGGCGCACAAGAUCUUGACCGCUCAGACGUUCCCGCCGAAUCCCGAGUUCCAACUCGGUCCCAUCCCGGGCACAAACCCCGUCCUUCCCGGCACGCGCUGGAAGAUGUGGCACCGCGCUGUCGGUGGCGAGCUGUCCAGGAUUCCCGAAGACUCGUGGGCCACCGUGCUGAGGGAGAAGCAUCCGGACAUGCUGCAUCUUCUCCAGUUUCCAUACAAUGGGGAGCCUCCCAAGCGUCUCGUCACGGAGAAGGAAAUCACUCCCAACUCGCUCCACUUUGUGAGAAACCACGGCGGCAUCCCGCUCAUCGACAGGGACCACUACAGCUUCCUCUUGGACGGCCUGGUUGCGGAGCCCAAGGAGUUCACGUUGGACGACCUCAUGGACGAGAAGAGGUUUCCACGCAUGGAAAAGACGGUUACCAUUCAGUGCUCGGGCACGCGUCGUAUCGAGCAGGUGCUCAAAUAUCCCGGCCAGGGCGACGAGGUUCCUCAGGCACCUUGGGCCGAGGGCGCCAUCGGCACUGCCAGAUACGUCGGCAUCAGCCUCAAGAAGGUGAUUAAGGAGUGUGGAGGUCUGGUCGAGGGCGCAAAGCACCUGGAACUGUACGGCGCCGACACCUACUUCAAGAAUGACCAGACGAUGAACUAUCUCGUCAGCGUGCCGUGGUCCAAGGUCAAGGCAAACGAAGUGAUGCUCGCGUGGGAAAUGAAUGGACAAGUGCUCCCCGCCAUCCACGGAUAUCCUCUUCGCAUCGUGGUCAUGGGCUACAUCGGAGCCAGGAGCGUCAAGUGGCUCUACCGCAUCAAGGCCAUCAGGGAGCCGUCACGAGCGCCGGUGCAGAGCCAGGAGUACCUCUACUUUCCACAGCAGGUGGGAAAGCACAACCUGAGGCUGACGGACGGAAUCCAGAUCCAGGAGAUGCCGGUGAGCUCGGCCAUAAUGUCGCCGUGGACCAAGCAGGCGUGCAUCCACGACGGCCAGAUUCGCUGCAAGGGCUGGGCCUAUUCCGGCGGUGGACGGUGGCCCGAGAGGGUUGAGCUGUCCAACGACGGCGGGUUCAACUGGUACACCGUCCCGCCGGAGAAGCUGUCCAGGAAGCGGAGAUGGACAUGGCGCACGUGGGAGUUUGACCUGCCCUGCGACGUCGAGGGCUGGGUCGAGAUUGUCUGCCGCUGUUGGGACAAUGCGCUGAACACGCAGCCUCCUGAUGUUCGGACAGCGUGGAACUGGGGCCUGCACGUCACGAGCUCCUGCCACCGCAUCUCUGUGUACAGCGUCAACAAGUCUCGGCCAGCGACCAAGGCUCGUCUGGACGAGUUUGAGCGGAGAGGGAUUCCGUUUGGCCCCAUCACGGUGCCUCUUUCGUUCCCGUCUCAGACGUGGGAGGACUAUGACAAGUUCUGGCGAGACAAUGACCCCCGCGACGCCGAAGAUGAUUGA